AUGGAGACCGCGCCGCUCACUCUGGCCCACACCCAUGCCCGCAAUGCAGUCCUCGAAACCCGCAAGUCAAACCCGGUCGCUGCUAGCGAGGAGCAUGAUUUAGCUGCCGGCGAAUUUGCAGCUGCAGCUCUUGACAACCCUGAUCAAGAAGCUCUCCGCACUCUGCAACUACUCGAGAAUCACCACAAGAAGCUGGCCGAAAUUCUGAGAUUCCAGCAUGAACACCCCGCCAACGCCGAGGAAGCAACCGCUACGGCCUCGCCAAGUCCCACCACCCAGCACUCCCUAGAUACUGGACAUACAAAGGCCGGCGCGCCUAUCAGCCAGGAUGCUCAAGGUCAACCACCAAGGCUCCCAGGGAAUGCCCGAAUACCCAGCCGAGAGUCCUCAUCGAUUGCCAGCAACUUGGCCUCAGCUCGAGGCAUCCCGGCUCAACCUCGUCGUGGAUCACCGGUAUCGCCAACCCUUUCCGCCCACCAAGCUGGGGCGAAGAUGACAGAUGGACCGUCAAAAAUCAAGACCGGCGAAUCUAGAUUGCGAGAGGUUCCCAAUAAAAAUCGAUCCAGUCGGUCCUCGGCGCCUAGGCAGCCCUGGUCACCUCCACAUCCACAACCCAGUCCCACCGACAUCACGUCUCAAGAACUCGUUCCGGAAUCUGCCAAGACUGGAUAUUCCAAUGCGGAUGAACCAUUUCAGCGGUUCUAUUCUACGUUCGAAGGCCUUAUCUCUAAAAUAUCUGCGCCUCUGGCAUUUGCAGGACUACCUCUCGGAACAGAGGGCCCUACCAAAACUAACACUCCCACGCGCAAGUCUUCUGCAGAGACUAAGGUAGACCGUCAUCAUGCGACUUCCGAUAAGGGAAGUACUCUGGCCGAGUCGGAUGUGAACCGACUCUUCUCCCAGGCCGCCUUACGCUCAAUUCGCGAUAAUCCAGGAUCCAGCCCAGGAAACACCACUGAGUCCUUCUACGUGGUCCCUACAACAGGUGGGACUAUGUCAUACGCAGGAAUCAUGACUAGAGCGGAGAAAGAGGCGCGUCGGAACAGCCUGGAGGACGGCGAUGAAGACUUUGUGGAUGCACGAGAAACCCCAUCUUCACCGGAGUUACGUCUGAGUACAGGAAGUUCCAAAACUCGUACGAUGCGUCGCGGUGCUGCCGAUAAACUUACAAGCCUCCAGAAUCCUAAAACCCUGGAGGAGUUACAGAUGGAGAACCAAGCUUUGAAGCACCUGUCUGACACCCUCUCUAAACGACUUCACAUGUGGGAAGUCAAUGCACAAUCGUCAUCCAUGGCGCUACAGCAGUCGUUGAGGGCAAUCCAUCACCAAUCCCCCGAAGCUGCGCCACAUGGUUCAUCUGUCAACACCUCUCCAGUGGCCCAGAUGUCAGUUGCAAACCCUUUGUCAGACCCAGAUGACAAAGUCAAGGAAUUGGAGGACCUUGUUCGUCGCGGCGAGCAAGAAUUAGAACGUGUUGGGAAAGAAAAUGACAAGCUGAAGAAUGUCCUCAACCGGUACCGAGACCGUUGGGAAAAACUAAAGGAGGGAGCCAAAACACGACGAGCUGAAGUUCGAUCCAAUGACAGUAAUCCAUCGACGCCCACCGGAAGCUCGAGGACCCCGGAAAUUCCUGCCUCGCCACACCCCGACACGGCAUCUCCUGGCAAAUUCAAUACUCAGCAAUCUACCGGGAGGGAAGCUGAAAGGAAACAAGACUCAUCGAGUAUUUGA